CUCACGUCCUGACCAGUGCGUGUGUCAGUCUGUCUCACAGCUCAACCAUGCCGAUCUCGAAGGAUUCAUUUGGUAAAACUACAGAAGACGAGGAAGUUACAAGAUACACGUUCCAGAACAAGAACAACGUCAUCGUGAGAGUCCUAGAUUAUGGCGGCAUCAUCACUGACAUCAUCGUCCCGGACAGAAAGGGCAAGAUGGAGGACGUCAGCCUCGGCUUUGAUGAUAUGGAAGGCUAUGCUGCGAGUGGGUACAUUGGUGCUCUGAUUGGUCGAGUCGCCAACAGGAUCGCCGGUGGACAGUUCAGUCUCGAAGGCACCUCCUACUCUUUGGUUGUCAACGAUGGACCCAACAGUCUGCAUGGAGGAAAGAGAGGAUUUGGCAAGAGAUUCUGGGAGGCUAAGGUUGAUGGCAACAGACUGAGCCUUAAAUAUGUCAGCCCUGACGGUGAGGAGAACUAUCCAGGGGAGGUAACUCUGACAGUCACAUACGAACUGACUGAUGAGAAUGAGCUGAUCAUCGACUACACGGCAACAUCGACUAAGGCAACACCUGUCAACUUCAGCAGCCACGGUUACUUUAACCUUGGAGGACAUGGCUCGGGGAAAAUUCAUGAUCACGUUGUACAAAUCAAUGCCGAGUCUUUUUUACCUGUUCAUGAACGCGCGAUUCCAACAGGCAAGAUCCGGAGAGUGGCGGGAACGGAAUGGGACCUGAGGUCCCCUGUACGUCUUGGGGACCGACUUGGACAGGUGCCCGGUGGAAAGGGAUUUGACCACAACUUCAACCUGUCCGUGUCUGGAGAAAGGCGUCUUGCAGCAAGAGUGGAGCACCCGCCCAGUGGACGGUGGAUGGAGUGCUACACCACAGAGCCAGGGGUGCAGUUCUACACCAGCUUCUAUCUGCAGGACCUCGCGGGGAAGGGAGGGGCCAACUACUCCCAGUACGGAGGAUUCUGUCUGGAGGCUCAGCACUACCCUGACAGCAUCAAUCAGCCAAGCUUCCCCAACAGCGUUCUACGUCCCGGGGAGACAUACCGGCAGACAACAUCGUAUACUUUUGGUGUCAGCAGCUGAGCAGCCAGCGUGCAUCCAAGGUGUCCACAUUAUCCCGUGUAUUGUAUCUUAUUUCGUUUGUGAUAAAUACCCACUUUCGGUUCUUUUCGGAAAUAACGUCGCCAUCGCUUUUUCAAUUAUCACUGACUGAGCAUAUAAUUUAUCUCGCUCCUGAGAGUCAUCUGAUUGGACGCUAUUUAUAGCGUCGUGUCUUACGAAUCAGGCUCAUAAUGAAGUUAUGAUGGCCAAAGGGGCAUUCAUUUUUAUUGAAUGGAGGCAAAAUGUACAUGGUAAUCAGGACUAGAUGUUGUUCCCAUGAACAAUUGACUUGCCUGUGCAUGUGUUUUUGACGGUCCACCCGGUGGGGCAGGAUACGCUCACCUUUUUCGCGACCACCUGGUAUCAUCACUAUUUAAUAGCGAUUCAUAAACACAUGUUCUUGGUAUAGUCGGAAUGUUGCAGUCUGCCUUUGGAGGAGAUUUCUUGUGGAUAAGGAAGGGGGUUAAGCUUUGUGUACUGGUAGUGUGGGAUGAACAACACCUGGCUAUGGUAUAAUCUGAUCCACAUGACCCCUGGUUCCACAAAGCGACCUUAACGCCACAACUGUCAUAAAUCAACGUUAAAGAAUGGAAGUUACGAUCGACUUACGGCUAAGAUUGAUUUGUGGAACGGGACCCUGAUCCAUAUGACCGCUCGAACCCCAAGUCGACCGACCGUUACUCUUAAUUACAAAUGCUUUGUAAUUCCGACUCAAGCGUUUAAUCUAAUAGCUCCAUACAUAGGAACAUUGUUAUUUUUAUUUUUUUGAAUAAAAAACAUUUGAUAGACUA